AUGAAAGUUAAGGUUGCAUUUAUGAAUUUAUCUUAUUUAAUAUUCCUAAAUGAACAAACACCACAACCAAUUAAACUUAUUCAACAAUUAUUAUACAAUACAUCACUUAUACAAGAUGAUCAUUUUAUGAAUUUCUCUGGAUCAAAUUGUCUAAAAUAUUUACUUUUGAUUGUUCAAAGAACAGAUCAAUAUUUCAAAGAAAAUAAUAGUAUUAGUAGUACAUUAAUGAUGGAUAUUCAACACUGGAUUAUUCAAACAAUCAGAAAAUCAAAAAAGUCAUUACAUCAAGAAAUUACUUAUUUAUUAAAGUUGAUAAAUCCACCAUCAUUUCAUUUAUUAUUACCAGUGAAACAAUUUAUUUUCAAUGAAUUAGCGAAUAUUCUACUUGAAAACAAUCAACAAAAUACUGAUUUUUGGGAUCGUAUUUCACUCUUAUCAAUAAUAAUAAAAUGUAUCGAUAAUGACAAUUUAGAAAAUUAUCAAUUACCUUAUCAUUCAUCAGCGAUUGCUGAUGACAAUGCAGAUCAUAUAAUAAUUGAUCUAUUUUUUUUCUAUCUUCGACGAUUAGCAAAUAAUGCAAUAAUUCAACCAGCUUUAAUCAAUAAAAUUCUUCUUUCAAGAUUAUCAAAGAUUAAUAAUGCAAAUCGAAUUCCGAUUGCAGAAAAAAUAUUCAAUCAAUUAAAAGAAUUUUUUAUUUUACAAACUACAGCGUUAUUAUUAUGUCAAACAAAUUUAGAUCAACACGAUCAACAAACAAUUAAUCAUAUUCUUACGGCUGUUAUUAAUCAAUAUUUAAGAAUUGAAGUACCUGUUAUUCAAUUAAGUAAUUACGUUCAAUUUUUCUGUUCAAUUAUAACUACUAAACAAUCAUGA